AUGGCUUCUGUUCAGUUGUAAGUUUCAAUUGAACGUGAAAAAAACGAAAAAAAAAAUCCUUUUAUUAAUUUAGAAGAUAUUCUCAGAUAAAAAAAUGUACGCUCAAGAAAUUGCUCAGUUUCUAAAGGAUCAGAACUAAAAUUCAUUGGUCAUUCUACUUCUUUUAUUCCUAAGCCAAAAAAAAACUUUUUUGAAGCUCCAAAAAAUCAACUUCACCUCAUAUUUUCGCUAUUUUCCCUCAACCACACGCUUCGAAAUUCCAAAAAAUCAGUUCUUCUCAUGAAUUUCUCGAAAUUUCCAGCACGAUCAUCCUCGCCCCUGAUCGCCGUCUUGGCCGAUCUCCGGCCAAUAUGUCAGUUCCUCUAAUAUUUCCUGAAGCAAAUGAAGCACAACUUACAGUACGCCGCCGAGUCGCUGUACCCGGGUUACGGUGGCUACUACGGUAGCUACUACAACGGCCUUUACUCCGGAGUCUAUCCUUCCGUCUACAGUCCUUCCUACGGCACCUACGGAUCCGUCAUCGUCAAGAGAUCUGUCUGAUGAACUUCCUGCUUGA